AUGCCAGGUGCUAAAUAUUAUGAUGGUAAAAAAAUAAAUAUACCAAUUUCAACAGAAGCUGGAUAUGAUAUGUAUCAUAGAUGGGCCAUCCAAGGAAUCAGCAGUCUUAUGUCUAAAACAAUGAACGAAUAUUAUCGCACUAAGCUAUUCAGAUGUUCCAAAACUUCUGAAACAAUUCACGAUCAGUCUCAAUGUGUUUUUGCUGUAAUUGACGAAGCAAAAAAGAGAAAAACGUCUACAAGAGGUGAUAGACUGAAGAUGUUCAACUCUGUUUUCACCUUCGACAAUAAUACAGUGUACAACAAAAACUCUGCUAUUAAAAUUUAUCAUCCGACUGGAAUAGAAGCUAAAGAAAAAUUUCAGUUUCGUUCUAAAAGAGAUGUAAUUCGAGCUAACACUUACAAAUUACAAUCAGAAUAUGAAACUAUGACUCCAUUUGGCAUACUUGGCAAGUACUUCUCUAACAGUAUAACAGCUUUGAAAGGCAAAGACAAUAAAAAGUGGGAUGAGGUAAACACCAACCUUCGGCAACUGCAGGAGAAAAAAAGAAAGAAGGAAGCUGUUCGAAAAGCAUUAAAAAAGAAAUUUCAAUUUGCCAAAUAUGGUGCUGCACAAAUACAAAAAAAAUACAGACUAUCAAAGGCAGAACAGGAACUUAUAAAGGAAUUCGAUAUGCCAGAAGAAAUUGUAGACCAGUUUAAAGCUGGCAACGAUUAUGACUCUAAAGUUUUGAAGCAAGUUAUGGGAAUUUUGACAGAAUCUGUUAAAAUUACCUCGGUGUUGUCUAGUAAUAACAAAACCAAGCAUUUGAUGGAGAAAAAAAGGCUCAAUUUCGCUUCUCCUCGUUUUUUGUCUGUCGUUCCCGAGCAAGACGACAGUGAUGCGUUAAGCAUGCUCUCUCCAUCAUUAUUCAGUUUGCAUGGAGAAGGUACAGGUUUGGAAAAAUUGAUGAGUUUGCCAAAUUUGAUAAACUCGAUGAACAGCUCCGACCACAAGCAAUGGCUAAACUUCAUUUUGGAAGCUUCAGGUGUCACAGACGCUUUAGCAAAACUAAAUGAGAAAGAAGACGACUUUUCGCCAGUACCAUUUGACAAAUUUCCACGUGGUAUUGAUGGGCAACCCAUGUACAUGACUAAAGAAAACGCUAGUGAAAUUGGAGGCCCACAAGCUGUGCGUAGAGUUGAGGUGUUUGAAAAUCUUCAGAAGAUGCUGAAUAAAAAUCAAAUCGAUGACUUCAAUGACAUAGGAUACUCAGUCUUGGAUAAAAAUCAGCUAGAAUUUCUCUACGGUAGCAAUUCACCAUACAGAAAUGAUAAAAGUCUCGCUCAGUUUAAAUCAAUGACCCCCAACGAGAUACACGAACGCGUGCUUUCGAAUCUGAGAGAUCUUGGAAAAACAACGCAUACCCGUAGCAAACGUCAAGUCGUUCUUAGCCCGGUUUUAUUUCAGUGGAUUGUUUUCGAUCCAGCAGGAACUUCUCAGCCCUUCAUUCUCUCUCCUAUACUUUUCACAGCCGCAGUAUUUUCCCCAGCUAUUUUUGGCCCAGUCAUCUUAUCACCAUGGGUAUUUGUGGCAGUCAUUCUAGCACCACGUCUAUUUUGCCCUGUAAUUCUUUCCCCUGUAGUGUUAUCAACCGUUAUUCUAUCACCACUUGCUUUUGAUCCUCUCAUCUUAACUCCCGCAGUACUUGUACCCUUUGUUUUAUCUCCAAACGUUUUAUCUCCAAAUAUAUUGGCUCCAAACGUUUUAGUGCCGUCUAUUUUGAGUCCAUUUUGUCUCAGUCCAAAUGUUUUUUCCCCGGGUGCAGUGACAGUUAUUGCAGGUAGUCCAUUUGCAUUAUCGCCAAGUUUCUUUUCCCCUCUCUACAUUGCAACACUAUUCAUGAGUCCUCAUGCAUUCUCCCCUCUUAUCAACUCAACUGGUAAAGGUGUAUCUUUGAUUCUAUCACCCAGUAUUUUCAGUUAA